GAACACGCCGCCAGGGAUGCCCGAAGCCAUCGAUUGAGACGCGCGGCAAAGCUGCUUGUGAACAUUACGCGUCUGAUCGGCGAGAGCAGCGCCGUUUUCGAGCACGGCUGCGCCAAACGAAGGUGACGCAGCCUUACCCAUCAUGAGCGUCGCGCUCAACGUGACAGGCUCGCCGGACGAGUCGCUGCUCACUGACACAGCAGUCCGGUCGCGUCUCUCCGCCUUCCUGCAGCCCUUGCGUGAUGUGCUCACUGCCCAAGCAGCACCGCCAGCAGUGCAAGAAGGAGAUGGCGAAGGGAGCAACCGCACUGCAGCAGCAGCGGUGGCUGGAGCCAACGAAGGAGCAAUACCCACGACCACUGGCGCGCUCACCUCGAUGGAUCUCGCCAACUUGACGUACAGCUUGCAGUUGUUCCAAGAAAAAGCGCUAGGCUUAAAUGCACUAGCGCGCCACAUCAACCCAUCAGCGUCCUCUCUCGCAUAUAGACACCCCAUCCGUAUCCCUUCCAAGCUCUUCCUCACUUCGCCUUCCUACCAGAACCACGCUGGCGCGAUCACAGCAGAUGCGCCGCUAUAUCACAUCCUCGAGGCUGCGCUUCUCUAUCUCCAACAACAUGGCCGAAAAGGGUGGUCGGAUAUGGGGCAAGUCGAUGCCGAGGCCGCUAGUCAAGACGCCGAGGCCACGCAGGCGCGGAGGGUGUUCUAUGCAAGUUUGAUUGCCCAUGUGAGGGACAUCCUGAAGCAAAAAGGUAUCAUCAAAACGCACAAGGUUGCUGCACCAAAGGACUGGACACAUGCGCAAGUUGAGUACAAUAAAGGCUUAGCUCAGGAACUCCAGCUCGACUGGGCUGAAGACCCUGCAUCAGCAACGCACGUUCUGUUCGAUGCGGAGUCCGGACCAAGCACGUCUUCGCUGCCGGCGGGCGAGGCAGCGGUGCCCGGCCAGUCCGAGUUCUUCCGGACACUCGCCAAGAAGGGUAAAAAGUCGCUUAUCCACGUCUGGUACCGGCCUGACUCGUACGACACAUGGCUCCCACCUACAUCGUCCACCGCGUUUGCAUCGCCGGAUCCAGAGCCGGAGCCCCGGCGGCAGGGGGAGGCGUGGGUCAUCAGCUCACGCUGGCUCGCCGACGGCGUCAAGUACAACGAGUUGAUGAACGAGGAAGACUAUGAGCACGAAGACGACCCCGCUCAUUCUGAUGCAGCAGCGGGUGCUGAGGCUGCGCCAAAGAAGCCACGUAUCUCCAUCAGUCUCAAGAAGCGCAGCUUGCCGGAGGAAGUGACGGAGGAGACGGAGGACGGCACCACCAAGAAGGUCCGGUUAUACGUUGCGUCUGAGCCUGUCGGCGCGAAAGCCAUCGAUUUGACUGGUAGCGCCAGUGAGAUUCCGGGGAAAAAAGCCGAGCAGGACCCUAUUCCGGACGGCAGCCUGGGCAAUUUGGAUCAGGUGGCACCGCCGAGCAGGACCGCGGGCGAACCGGCGACCGUUGUUGUUGCGGAGGCGCAGGAGAGGAAGGAAGGGCAUGCGCCUGAUGUGGACAAGGCAGGCGAAUCUGGUCACGCGGGCGAUGCAGGUGAUGUGACGAUGGCGGAUGCCACCAAGGAGAAUGAGGAGGAAGACGAGCGCGAUGCUGCUGUGUUCGAGGCACAUCGCGCACGAGCUCAGAAUGUUGCCAAGAAGUACCUAGCUGCUCAGACGCAGGAAGUUAUCAUCCCUUCUUACUCCGUCUGGUUCGAUAUAGCCAAGAUUAACCAGAUCGAGAAGCGCUCGCUGCCGGAAUUCUUCAACAAUCGCAAUCGCAGUAAAACGCCUUCCAUCUACAAGGACUACAGAGACUUCAUGAUCAACACAUACAGAUUGAACCCAAGCGAGUAUCUCACUUUUACCGCUUGCAGAAGGAAUCUCGCAGGUGACGUCUGCGCGAUCAUGAGGGUACACGCCUUCCUUGAACAAUGGGGCUUAAUCAACUACCAGGUGGACCCGGAGACGCGGCCUGCUGCGCUUGGCCCACCCUUCACUGGUCACUUCCGUGUCAUCGUCGACACACCUCGCGGUCUUCAGCCCUUGCACCCAGGUGCGAAAUUACCACAGCUCAGCAAGACCGGAAGCGCACCAAUAGGUGACAAGCAGGCCGCUGCGGAGGCCCGCGCCGCUGUCGCCACCCUCGAGCUCCGCAAGACGAUCUACCAGUCUACCGCCAAGGGUUCGCGAGCCGUCGGCGAGUCCGAAGCGGAGUCACUCGCGGACCAGGCGAACGCUGCAGUCCAAGCUGGCGCAGGUGCGCAACCGAAGUACUCCUGCAACACUUGCGGUACAGACUGCACACGUCAGCGGUACCACGCCAUCAACGUCAAGGACUUUACGCUCUGCCCGAACUGUUACCUUGAGGGACGCUUCCCUUCGAGCAUGUUCUCUGGCGAUUUCCUACGCAUGGACAACGUCGACUUCAAGCAUGGAGGCGCGAACGCUGCGAAAGGGGAUGACUGGAGCGACGAGGAGACCUUGCGGCUUUUGGAAGGUCUGGAAAUGUUCGACGAUGACUGGAGCGCUGUCGCCAACCACGUUGGCACACGCAGCCGAGAGCAGUGCAUAAUGAAGUUCAUCCAGAUGCCGAUCGAAGAUCCUUACCUGGACGGCGGCGCCUCUGCGGCUGGUAGUAUUGGGCGGCAAUCGAACGGUUCGGCCUCCAUGUCUGCGCAAGGCAUCGCCCAACGCGACCUAGGGCCACUGCAAUACGUCCGCGACCCUAAGCUCGGUGUUCCAUUCGCUCAGUCUGAUAAUCCGGUCAUGAGUGUGGUCGCUUUCUUGGCAAGCGCCGUUAGCCCAGCGGUUGCGGCUGCUGCCGCGCAGUCGGCCCUCGGCGAGCUGACCGAUGGCCUUCGUCGACGGCAGAAGGACAAGGCUGGCGGGCAGCAGCCAGCGGAUCAAGGACAAGGCGCAGAAUCUGGGAAAGAAAGCACUGCUGAAAGCGAUAGGGAGAAGGAGACCGACAGUAUGGACGUGGACAAACCUGCAGAGAAGGACGCAGCUCCUUCAGUGCCUCUGACGAUUGCAGUCGGCGAGAAUGGCGAGCCAUUGACUUCAAAGCUACCCGCGCAAGCGGACGUCCAAGUCACCGUGUCUGCAGCCGCCAAGUCAGACGUCACGCAAGUGAAGGAGAACCGCGAAGACAGCGAGAUGCCCGAGGGCGGCAAGGCCAGGGCGAAGAAUCCUGAGGCCAUUCCUAAAAAUGCGGUUGAGAAAGCAGCUGCGAUCGCCCUCGGAGCAGCGGCAGCCAAGGCGCACGUGCUUGCUAGCUUUGAGGAACGAGAGUGUCAGCGUCUCGUCGGUCAAGUGGUCGAGGCGCAGAUGCGCAAAAUGGAACUCAAAAUGGCGCAGUUUGAAGAGCUGGAAACCAUGCUUGAAGCCGAGAGGCGGAGCAUUGAAGCUGGGCGCAAGCAGCUGUACCAUGACCGUCUUGCCGUUCGCCGUCAACUCGCUGCCGUCAACGACUUACUUCAAAAAGCGAACGCGGCUGCAAAUCAAAGCACAUCUAUGAGUCUCGAAGCCGCGUCAAGUGCCUCUCAUGGAUUGCCAGGGCAAGGACCAAUCGUGCGGCAAGCAGGGAACGUUCCGCAUCCUGAGGGCGGUAACGUUGGCAGAGUAGGAUGAUUCGCAUGUGCUGUAUUUUCAAGUAGCCAAGUUUUCAUUUGUCUCAUUUAC